AAUGCUCUUCUGUCAUAAACCCUCUGGGCAGUGAAGGGGAGAUGGGCCAGGGACUGUUGUGGGGCUGGUGGCCUAGAAUGUGUGAGGAACCCUGAGAGAGACUGUUGGGAGCAUUAGGGACCACACCGAACAGAAGGCUUCCCAUCUUUGAGGACUCUAGAAGUGUCUAGCAGAGGGGACUAGAUUUAUCAAUGAGUGCCAAGGAGUGAAAGUAAUAUAAAAGAAGCUAGCACUCAAGAGUAGGAUUCAGGUAGCCGCAGUGUGUAAGGUGCCCCGCCCUGUGCCCUCACAGUGCCGGUGUGGUGUGAACCCAGGACCAGGCCUCCAGAGGGAAGGCAGGCUAGGCUUAGUCAACACCAGCUUUCCUGAGGUGGAUCCUGGACCAGCGCAUCCAAAUGGUGGGAUGGGCUUUUGGUCUUUGACUUUUGCAUUGUACGUCUUGGGAUUUUCAAGACACCCCACAUAGCAGAAGGGGCGUGCAGUUUUCUCUGCCCUGAGUUGUCUGAUAAAAAUCAGCGAUUGCCAGGCACGGUAGCUCAAGCCUGUAAUCCCAGCACUUUGGGAGGCCGAGGUGGGUGGAUCACAAGGUCAAGAGAUCAAGACCAUCCUGGUCAACAUGGUGAAACCCCAUCUCUACUAAAGACAAAAAAUUAGCUGGGCAUGGUGGCGCAUGCCUGUAAUCCCAGCUGCUUAGGAGGCUGAGGCAAGAGAAUUGCCUGAACCCAGGAGGUGGAGGUUGCGGUGAGCCGAGAUCGCGCCAUUGCACUCCAGCCUGGGUAACAAGAGCGAAACUCCGUCUCAAAAAAAAAAAAAAAAAAUCAGCAACCUUGUUCGCCACUUGAAAGGAGUCCUCUCCCCUCACCACCUUUUAUUCUUCACCCUCCGCCCAGUCACGGCUUCCCAGAAGCCUUCCUUACUGCUCUUGCUUCCUGGUGCAACGUCUGGGCACAGUUAGCACCAUUUUUUGAACUUCUUUGUCGACGCGUGGAUGUGUGGACGUGAACUUGCCCGUUUAGGACGAGUCCGGCUGCAGAAGGGGGCCUCUCUCCAGAUCGAGGGUCUGCGGGUGGAAGACCAGGGCUGGUACGAGUGCCGCGUGCUCUUCCUGGACCAGCACAUUCCUGAAGACGAUUUUGCUAAUGGCUCCUGGGUGCAUCUGACAGUCAACUCGCCCCCUCAAUUCCAGGAGACACCUCCUGCUGUGUUGGAAGUGCAGGAACUGGAGCCUGUGACCCUGCGUUGUGUGGCCCGUGGCAGCCCCCUGCCUCGUGUGACUUGGAAGCUCCGAGGACAGGACCUUGGCCAGGGCCAGGGCCAGGUGCAAGUGCAGAACGGGACGCUGCGGAUCCACCGGGUAGAGCGAGGCAGCUCUGGGGUCUACAUCUGCCAAGCCUCCAGCACUGAGGGCAGCACCACCCACGCCACCCAGCUGCUGGUGCUAGGACCCCCAGUCAUCGUGGUGCCCCCCAAGAACAGCACAGUCAAUGCCUCCCAGGAUGUUUCCUUGGCCUGCCACGCUGAGGCAUACCCUGCUAACCUCACCUACAGCUGGUUCCAGGACAACACCAAUGUCUUCCACAUUAGCCGCCUGCAGUCCCGGGUGCGGAUCCUGGUGGACGGGAGCCUGUGGCUGCAGGCCACCCAGCCGGAUGAUGCCGGCCGCUACACCUGUGUGCCCAGCAAUGGCCUCCUGCACCCACCCUCAGCCUCUGCCUACCUCACCGUGCUCUACCCAGCCCAGGUGACAACUAUGCCUCCUGAGACACUCCUGCCCAUAGGCAUGCCGGGGGUGAUCCGCUGCCCGGUUCGCGCCAACCCCCCACUGCACUUUGUCAGCUGGACCAAGGAUGGAAAGGCCUUGCAGCUGGACAAGUUUCCUGGCUGGUCCCAGGGCACAGAAGGCUCACUGAUCAUUGCCCUGGGGAACGAGGAUGCCCUGGGAGAAUACUCCUGCACCCCCUACAACAGUCUUGGUACUGCCGGGCCCUCCCCUGUGACCCGCGUGCUGCUCAAGGCUCCUCCAGCUUUUAUAGAACGGCCCAAGGAAGAAUAUUUCCAAGAAGUAGGGCGGGAGCUACUCAUCCCCUGCUCUGCCCGAGGGGACCCUCCUCCUAUUGUCUCUUGGGCCAAGGUGGGCCGGGGGCUGCAAGGCCAGGCCCAGGUGGACAGCAACAGCAGCCUCGUCUUGCGACCAUUGACCAAGGAGGCCCAUGGACGCUGGGAAUGCAGUGCCAGCAAUGCUGUGGCCCGAGUGGCCACCUCCACGAAUGUCCAUGUGCUGGGCACUAGCCCUCAUGUUGUCACCAAUGUAUCCGUGGUGCCUUUGCCCAAGGGUGUCAAUGUCUCCUGGGAGCCUGGCUUUGACGGUGGCUAUCUGCAGAGAUUCAGUGUCUGGUACACCCCACUGGCCAAGCGUCCUGACCGAAUACACCAUGACUGGGUGUCCUUGGCAGUGCCUGUGGGGGCUGCCCACCUCCUAGUGCCAGGGCUGCAGCCUCACACCCAGUACCAGUUCAGCGUGCUAGCUCAGAACAAGCUGGGGAGUGGUCCCUUCAGCGAAAUCGUCCUGUCUGCUCCUGAAGGGCUUCCUACCACACCAGCUGCGCCCAUGCUUCCCCCGACAGAGGUGCCGCCUCCCCUGUCCCCUCCACGAGGUCUGGUGGCAGUGAGAACACCCCGGGGAGUACUCCUGCAUUGGGAUCCCCCAGAGCUGGUCCCUAAGACACUGGAUGGCUACGUCUUGGAAGGACGGCAGGGGUCCCAGGGCUGGGAGGUGCUGGACCCGGCUGUGGCAGGCACAGAAACAGAGCUGCUGGUGCCAGGCCUCAUCAAGGAUGUCUUCUACGAGUUCCGCCUCGUGGCCUUCGCGGGCAGCUACGUCAGCGACCCCAGCAACACGGCCAACGUCUCCACUUCCGGCCUGGAGGUCUACCCGUCGCGCACGCAGCUGCCGGGCCUCCUGCCCCAGCCGGUGCUGGCCGGCGUGCUGGGCGGGGUCUGCUUCCUGGGCGUGGCCGUCCUGGUGAGCAUCCUGGCGGCCUGCCUCAUGAACCGGCGCAGGGCUGCCCGUCGCCGCCGCAAGCGCCUCCGCCAAGAUCCAUCUCUUAUCUUCUCUCCCUCCGGGAAGUCAGCUGCACACUCUGCUCUGGGCUCAGGCAGUCCUGACAGCGUGGCGAAGCUGAAGCUCCAGGGUUCCCCAGUCCCCAGCCUGCGUCAGAGUCUGCUCUGGGGGGAUCCUGCCGGAACUUCCAGCCCCCACCCAGAUCCUCCACCUAGCCGGGGACUCUUACCCCUGGAGCCCAUUUGCCGGGGCCCAGAUGGGCGCUUUGUGAUGGGGCCCACUGUGGUGGUCUCCCAGGAAAGGUCAGGCCCAGAGCAGGCAGAACCUCGGACUCCAGCCGAGCGUCUGGCCCGGUCCUUUGACUGUAGCAGCAGCAGCCCCAGUGGGGCACCCCAGCCCCUCUGCAUUGAAGACAUCAGCCCUGUGGCAGCCCCUCCAGCAGCCCCGCCUAGUGCCCUGCCAGGUCCAGGGCCCCUGCUCCAGUACCUGAGCCUGCCCUUCUUCCGGGAGAUGAAUGUGGACGGGGACUGGCCCCCUCUUGAGGAUCCCAGCCCUGCUGCGCCCCCAGAUUACAUGGAUACCCAGCCCUGCCCCACCUCAUCUUUCCUACGUCCCCCAGACACCCCUCCUAUGUCCCCCAGGGCAUCACUUCCUGGGGAUGUGGUAGGGGCUGGGGCAGCUGCAGAGCCCCCUUACACAGCCCUGGUUGACUGGACACUGAGGGAGCGGCUGCUGCCAGGCCUUCUCCCUGCUGCCCCUCGGGGCAGCCUCACCAGCCAGAGCAGCGGGCGAGGCAGCGCUUCGUUCCUGCGGCCCCCCUCCACAGCUCCCUCUGCAGGAGGCAGCUACCUCAGCCCUGCUCCAGGAGACACCAGCAGCUGGGCCAGUGGCCCUGAGAGGUGGCCCCGAAGGGAGCAUGUAGUGACAGUCAGCAAGAGGAGGAACACAUCUGUGGAUGAGAACUAUGAGUGGGACUCAGAAUUCCCUGGGGACAUGGAAUUGCCGGAGACUUUGCACCUGGGCUUGGCCAGCUCCCGGCUCAGACCUGAAGCUGAGCCAGAGCUAGGUGUGAAGACUCCAGAGGAGGGCUGCCUCCUGAACACUGCCCAUGUUACUGGCCCUGAGGCCCGUUGUGCUGCCCUUCGGGAGGAAUUCCUGGCCUUCCGCCGCCGCCGAGAUGCUACCAGGGCUCGGCUGCCAGCCUAUCGACAGCCACUCCCCCACCCCGAACAGGCCACUCUGCUGUGAUCAGCUCUAAUUCAAGGCUGGGAAAAGGCAAAUGGACCUGCAAAGGAGGCCCCCAACCAGACCUAGCUUCAACCUAGGGCACUGCCUCUGCCCCUUUGGUGCCCAGGCACAGACCCUGAUAGUGGACUUGGGUCACCUUGGUAUGGAAUGUAUGUACUGACCCCCUAGGUAAUUCUGGGGAUUGGAACAGGGAUCUUAGGUCUGCCCUCUGUGUGUGUGUGUGUGUGUGUGUGUGUGUGUGUGUGUUCGUGGUGUGGGUGAAGUUUUUUUACAGGUGAAUAAACAAAGUGUGAAAGAUG